AUGGUUUCGGAAAUCCACAGAAGGUCUUUAUUUCACAGAAUUGCUGAUUCAAUUACAGGGUUUGUUCCAUCGUCGAUUUUACCGGCAAUUAAUGUUUCUCCUGCGAAAUCGGUUGACCCACUUAAAGGAGAUUUGAGAGCUAACCUCAAAAGGACCAAUGAUGUUCUUGAUCAUUGUAGUGAACCAGGACCCAAGGAUAAAGCAUGGGGCUAUAAGGAACACAGCUUGAGAUAUACGAAUGUUGACCUUGAUGCCACAGAUAAAUCAGAAAGUGAAUGCAGCCUCCACUCCUUUUCUACGAGUGGAGUUUCAUCGUUAAUGCCUAAGUCGUGGGUAUUGGGAUGCAAAAACGGCCAAAGUAGAUCUACGGCUCAACGUAUGGAAUUGUGCUCAGAUAGCUAUACGAACACAGUAGUGUGCAACCCAUUAAAAACAACCUGUUGUAAACAAUCACCUUCGUGCCAGACCUCCCGGAGUGACUUCAAAACAUAUCCUUAUCCCUUACCAAAACGCCAGCGCUUGUCCACAACGCUGAACCUUAGUCCUUCAUCUACUUGGCGUUCUCGUUUAGGAACUACAUACGGGGGAGCUGCCAGUUGUCGUAAUGCUCGGGAGUUGUUCGAAUUCACUACGCCGUUGAAAUUUGACCUAUAUUCAGAUCGAAAUUCUCAACUUGGAAGUGCCCCAAGCGCUAAUUUGAGUUCUACUGCUCGGAGAAUUCUCGAGACGUUAGAAAAUCUUUCGGCUCCACUCACUUCAGGUUAUUUACAGUCUUCUGUACAAAGACAUGUGAAACAGGUCAAGGCUCGUGUGAAAUCUCAUCGGUUUCCACCGUUCUUAAAAAGUUAUGAAAAAGUCGAUUCUCUCUGUAAAGAUUGCAAGUCGCAUUCAUUUUGUGAAAACGGAGUUCAAAAUCAUAUACAGCCUCAUGUUUCAUCGAAGCCAACAGUAUUUCCUGAGAGAUUGCAAAAACAGAGACAUGUCACUGUCGAAUGUUCAAUCUCAGAGACUUGUAAAUCAGGAGACAAAUUACUACCUGUAUACACAUUCGCAGAUCCAAUUCACAGCUUUUCUCUGCAUGAUCGCAAAGCUGCUGUGUCACCUAUAGCUCAUCAUGAAUAUCUUUUCAGCUGUCCAAGUCGUUCGUGUUCUAAAUGCUCGGCAGGUCUAAUUGGUUCGGAAUCUAACAUACAACAAAUCACUACUGAAAGUGAUUCCGUCAAAUCAAAAAUCACAGAAAAUAAUACAUGGCGUUGUGAAACUUGUUUGUUGGAGAAUUCAGAGACAAGGGUUGCAUGUCAAGGCUGUUCCCUUCCAAAAUCAAACCCUCUGCAUGCAAAGGAUUUAUAUUAUGUAUCGUCUGCCCCAACGUCUGUACAUACAGUGGAAACAUCAGUAUCAAGCUUAUUAGCAGUCAACAGUGAGGCUUCGCAAUGGGAGUGUCCUACAUGCAUGGUAUUCAAUGAACAAAAUGCGACCAAUUGCAUAUGCUGUCAAACUUUAAGGCCUACAAAUAUCUCGACAAGUGUGUGGGAUUGCCCCACUUGUUUGGUACAAAAUAACGAGAAAUCGGAUAAAUGCUGCUGUUGCUCUACAGGAAAACCAAAUAGUCACAUAACUACAAAUAACCCGAGCUUAUCUAAAUUAACUGGUCAACCGUCUGGUCAUUUUGAGUUCGGGUUUGGUGUUCGAGGUCCUGCUAAUUCGGUAAAGUUAGAAGCUUUUCUUUCGAAUGAUGUUCGUAAUUCGGAGCAAGAUCGUAAAGCUCAUCCCAAUAAGGAAAUGAAGUCUUUUGAUACACUCAGUAAAUCACCUCGAGGAAAACAAUCAGAACCAUCUAUUUGUGGUGGUUCUAUUUUGCAGACAAAUCAUACACCUCAACUCAAGUUGUCAUCUCAGUUUGGUAUUAUUAACAGCAACAAUGACUUCAAAGAUAUUGAACCGAGUAGUACUACUAGUGUACGUUCGUCCUUGGAGCAAACUCAGUUACUGAAUAGCAUCGGUUUUAGAUUCACAUCUACAACCGCUAAUAAUCUUGUUUCAGCCAACCCUAUAAAUUCAAGUGUUCAGAAAAAUAAUGCAUUAUUAUGCACAUCCAAUCCAAGCAGUUCGGCAGCAGUAAACGUAUAUACGCGUACUUCUUUGACUUUCCCCAAUCACCGGGAAACAGGUGUAUUUAGUUUCGAUCCAGCUUUUAGAAUGAGUGGCGACACAAUUUCUUUCACAACUUCGUCUCAACCUUCAAAUUUCAUAAAUUCAAACGAAGGCGCUCAAGAAAACAAAGAAAUCCGUAAAAAAGCUCAUGCAACGAUUUGUUUUCGGUUUCCUUCGUUUGAUGUGAUAGAUUGCACGCAUAGUCAUUUUUGCCUCGAGUUUCGUAUUGUUGUUGAAAACGCAUGCCAUCUGGUGGUAUUUGACGAAAACCUGCAGGAAAUAUCAUUGAUGACUGUCCAAUAUAAUCAGUUUGUCCUUACUGGGGGUCCUGGAAUAUUCUUCCGUCUUCUCUUAAAAUGGAGAGGAGGUGUAUUGAAGCUGAUUUCACUUGACCUCAUCAUAUUUGCUUCUAUUUAUACAUUAAUAAGCUGUUUGUAUCGGUUUGCAAUUUCUGAGAACGCACAAAGAAAUUUUGAACGUCUGAUCCUAUUUACUUCUAGGUUCCAAGCUAUGAUUCCGGUUGCAUUUAUCCUUGGUUUUUAUGUUGCCUUAGUUUUCGCACGCUUUUGGAACUAUUUCACGACGAUUCCGUGGGUGAUGAGUUUCGCACUUACUCUUGUCACCCACCUUCCUGGUAGCGCAGAACGCAAUCGUCUGAUACGUCGGACAUGCAUGAGAUAUAUAAUGGCAAAUCUUAUAAUUGCAGCUGCCCAUCUUAAUGUCGUCGUCAAGAAACGUUUUCCAACUUUUGAGCUUUUCGUUGCUUCAGAACUUAAAGAAAAUUUAUUCAAAAGAAUACUCUUCAUUUUAAAGGUUUUUAGCUCGAAUUCUUGUAGCUCCUGCUAA